GGCCCGGGGAGGGCGGGCGGCCGCAUGGCGGGCGGCGGAGCGGUGGGCGAUCUGCGGGGUCUUUACCGCUGGUUGGACGCCGUGCCGCUCUCCCGGCCACGCAGGAACAUCGCCCGGGAUUUCAGCGACGGGGUGCUGGCAGCCGAGGUGGUGAAGUUCUUCUUCCCCGCCAUGGUGCAGCUGCACAGCUACGUGCCUGCCAGCUCCACGCCGCAGAAGCUCGCCAACUGGGGCCAUCUCAAUAGGAAAGUGCUGAGUAAGCUGAACUUCUCCAUCCCGGGUGACAUGAUCCGGCAGGUUGUGCAGUGCCGGCCUGGCACGGUGGAGCAGGUGCUGCUCGUGCUGCAGCAAAAGAUUGAGGAGAAGCAGCAACAGAGCAAGGCGGUGUCUGGCCCAGGCCAGAAGCCGGGCGUACAGGCAGCGCUAGAAGAUAUCAGCUACCUGGAGACAGGUAGGGCCGGCUACUCAAAGGCAAAGAGCAGCGUGGGAGGAGGCUAUGCCCAGGAGUCUCCCAGAGCUGCCGGGGUGAAGAAGAGCUGCCAUGGCUGUGCCCAGGCUCCCCCAGGGGACGCUGCCAUCCGCCUGCAGCUGGCAGAGAGGGAGCAGGCCCUGCUCCUGGCGCAGGAGACCAUCCAGAUCCUGCAGCUGAAGGUGGGGAGGCUGGAGCAGCUGCUGCACCUCAAGAAUGUGCGGAUAGACGACCUCAGCCGGCGUCUGCAGGAAGCCCAGUGCCAACAGCGGUGAGCGGACCCUCGCCUGCCUGGCAGCCCCUUGCCUGGGGCUGCCCCCCCGCCGCCUGCCCCACCUCUCCCACCCGUGGGAUCUCCCGCUGAGCUGGAAGAGCCAUCCCAGUGCCUCCCAGUUGCCCCAGUUCCCAGGACAGACUCUCAAGGACAAAAGCCAGAGGUGGCAAAGGCAGAUGCAGAAGCAGGGACCCCCGUGCCCACCUCUGGGUUCCUCCGCCAUGCCUGCCAGCGGGCAGUGAGGCAGCGGCAUCGCUACCACAUGGGUUUCGCUCAGCCCUCCAGCCAUCGCCCGCCGACAGCAGCCGUUCCUCCUUCCUUUGUCUUGCACGUCGGUAAUUAAAAAGCCGGGUCAUCGCUUGGA